GGGGAGGCGCGCAACGCAGCAGCUUGGACUUGGGUGCGGGAAAUGCUGGCGAGGUCCGCAUGCUGCACCUGCCCUCAAAAAAGCCUCUGGAUUUCCCAACUGUUUUCCUGGCCUUGGCAAGAGGGUGAGCGGCAGUAUCAGAAGAGUCCCCCUCUUCUGGGACCCCGGCGCAGUGCCCUGGCCUUCAGAAUCGCCAGCACCUCCCGGCGGCUUCCGCGCCGGCCCCACCCGGCCCCUCCCUCCCGGGCGUGUGCGCUCUGGGCUCCCCAGCUCCAGGCGCGCUGGAGUUAAAGCGGCUGUGGGGUCCGAGUGGGCGGCGCGGCUUGCGGGCGGGGAGGCUGCCGGCGGCGCGGCCUAGGAGGCCGCGGAGCAGCGGGGCGGUGGAGGAGGCGGGGGCCUCGGUGCACUUGCCGGCGGCGCGCACGGGAGCGAGGCUUGGCCGGGCCUCGGCGCGGGCGGGCGGCGGGGACACUGCGACUCCGCCGCCAGCCUCCCCGGCUCUGCCCGGCGCGGCUGGCGGGACAACUCCGGGGGGCCCUGCGCCCCGACAAGCUAGCCUCCCAGCCCGACCCGGAGCCCGGACGGCGCCCGCGGAAAUAACUGGAGAGAAGGUGGGCAUCAGGCAGGCUGAGCCCUCCAACCCUUGCUCUGGGAAGGGUGGCUCCCCUUCCCACCCUGGCACCCGCGAAGGCAGGGUGGCAACCCUCUGGACAGCUGAGAAUCACCUGCCUAGGCUGCCCCAUGGGGCACAGCGAUGAGUGAACAGGCAAAGCCCCAGUGGCGAAGGAAUGAGGGCGGCAUCUGGAAGGGCAGGAAGUGAUGCCCACGUGCCCCCUUGUAGAAUGACCACCCAGGGAGGGUGGUCCCCCCAGCCCUGGCAAGGCCACUGAGCUCUCUCUCACAAGGUGCCACAAGCAGGACUCGGGAUUCAUCCUGUGGACAGUUCCCGCAGCCCCAGCAUGAGGCUCCUGGCGGCCCCCCUCUUGCUAGCCUGGGUGGCGGGCGCCUCUGCCACCGUGCCCGUGGUGCCCUGGCACGUGCCCUGUCCGGCUCUCUGCGCCUGCCAGAUCCGGCCCUGGUACACCCCCCGCUCGUCCUACCGCGAGGCCGCCACGGUGGACUGCAACGACCUGCUGCUGGCGGCCGUGCCCCCCGCGCUGCCUGCGGGCACACAGACCCUGCUGCUGCAGAGCAACGGCAUCGCGCGCGUGGAGCGGGCCGAGCUGGCCUACCUGCGCAACCUCACCGAGCUCGACCUGUCCCAGAACCGCUUCUCCGACGCUCGGGACUGUGACGUGCACUCGCUGCCGCAGCUGCUGAGCCUGCACCUGGAGGAGAACCAGCUGGUGCGGCUGGAGGACCACUGCUUCGCGGGGCUGGCCGGCCUGCAGGAGCUCUACCUCAACCACAACCAGCUCUACCGCAUCGCGCCGCGGGCCUUCGCCGGGCUGGGCAGCCUACUGCGGCUGCACCUCAACUCCAACAUGCUGAGGGCCGUGGACAGCCGCUGGUUCGAGACCCUGCCCAGCCUGGAGAUCCUCAUGAUCGGUGGCAACAAGGUGGAUGCCAUCCUGGACAUGAACUUCCGGCCGCUGGCCAACCUGCGCAGCCUGGUGCUGGCGGGCAUGAAGCUGCGGGAGAUCUCUGACUACGCGCUGCAGGGGCUGCACAGCCUGGAAAGCCUGUCCUUCUACGACAACCAGCUGGCCCGGGUGCCGCGCCGGGCGCUGGAGCAGGUGCCCGGCCUCAAGUUCCUCGACCUCAACAAGAACCCGCUGCAGCGGGUGGCGGCGGGCGACUUCGCCAACAUGCUGCACCUCAAGGAGCUGGGCCUGAACAACAUGGAGGAGCUGGUCUCCAUCGACAAGUUUGCGCUGGUCAACCUGCCAGAGCUGACCAAGCUGGACGUGACCAAUAAUCCGCGCCUGUCUUUCAUCCACCCGCGCGCCUUCCGCCACCUGCCGCAGAUGGAGACGCUCAUGCUCAACCACAACGCGCUCAGCGCGCUGCACCGCCAGACGCUCGAGGCGCUGCCCAGCCUGCAGGAGGUGGCGUUGCACGGCAACCCGCUGCGCUGCGACUGUGUCAUCCGCUGGGCCAACGCCUCCAGCGCCCGGGUGCGCUUCAUCGAGCCGCAGUCCACGCUGUGCGCAGAGCCGCCGGAGCUCCAGCGCCGCCCGGUGCGCGAGGUGCCCUUCCGGGAGAUGCCCGUCCACUGCCUGCCACUCAUCUCGCCGCGCAGCUUCCCGCCCAGCCUGCGGGUGGCGCCGGGCCAGAGCCUGCUGCUGCCCUGCCGCGCUCUAGCGGAGCCCGAGCCCGAGAUCUACUGGGUCAGCCCCGCGGGGGUGCGCCUGACUGCCGCGCGCGCCGGCCAGAGGUAUCGCGUGGACCCCGAGGGGACCCUGGAGCUGCGGAGGGUGACGGCGCAGGAGGCGGGGCUGUACACCUGCGUGGCCCAGAACCUGGUGGGGGCGGACACCAAGACGGUCAGCCUGGCCGUGAGCGGGGCGCCCCUGCCUCCGGGUCGGGCCACGGGAUGCGGGUUGGAGCUGCGGGUGCAGGAGACGCAACCCUACCGCAUCCUGCUGUCCUGGACACCCCCGCCCAACACUGUGUCCACCAACCUCACCUGGGCCAGCGCCACCUCCCUGCGGGGUCGGGGCCCCCCCGCCUCUGCCCGCCUUCCACGGGGCACCCACAGCUUCAACAUCACCCGCCUCGUCCAGGCCACCGAGUACUGGGCCUGCCUGCAAGUGGCCUUCGUUGACGCCCGCACCCAGUUGGCCUGCGUGUGGGCCAGGACUAAAGAGGCAGCUCCCUGCCAGCGGUCCUGGGGGGCCCGGCCCGGGCUCACCGUCCUGGCACUGGCCGCCCUCCUGCUGGCAGUGGGGUUGCUGGCCCGCCUGGGUGCCCGCCGACCAGGGCAGGGGUUGGGCGGGCGGCCUCUGCAUCCGGCCUGGGCCUUCUGGGGCUGGGCUACCCCCUCCGUGCGGGUGGUGUCUGCACCCCUUGUUCUGCCCUGGAAUCCAGGGAGGAAGUUGUCCGGAUCCUCAGAUGAAGAGACACUGUCCCCGCCGUGGUCACAGAAUUCCUGAAGCUCAGCCUAUUCCUGCAGCAGAGAAACAGAUGACUCCUUUCCACCGAACGAGAAGCGUCCAGGCCAGGUGCCCUGCAAGAAAAGUGAUGUGGGUGGGCACCAGACCAAGACUGACAGGGCUUUUGGACCCAGGGUGGGGGGAGUUCCUGCAAGCUCCAAGAAGUUGUUCCCACCUUCCAGGGCCACCUGAGCAGCUUUGCCAAGGUGCAAGAAGGACUCUAACAAGUGUCCCACCAGGGGCCUCCCUGCUGUUCACAAGCAGAGGCUCUGGGCCGCCUGGAUAUACCCCUCCCUGUGUCCCCAGGCCCACAGGAUGCGUCGCCUCCCUCCUCAUUCUUGUACAGUCUCAGUUGCUUGCUCUUUCCCCUCCUGGGCAAGGACUGAAGGAGGCCUGGCCUCCCCAGUGUGGGGGAACCCCUCCCAAAGUGAGAUAUCCACCCCCUGCUGGCUCUGAAGGACAUUUGGGGAGACGGAUGCCCACCCAGGACACCUCAGCUCAACAGCCUGGGCCUGGCACUCUGAGGAUGACUUUCUGUAGGCAAUUUUGUACCUUUGUGGAGAAAUGUGUCGCCUCCCCCACCCAAAUGCCAUUCACUCUUUUCUCCUGUUUUGUAAAAAAUAAAAAUAAAUAAGAAUAACAAUAA